AUGCUGCCCGCUCUCAUUGUGCCAAUCAUCCUGGCCCUUCCCGCCGUCUUUGCAGCACCUGAUCGCGUGAAGCGAGCUGGUGUACCAACAGUGAUCAUCACACAUCCGCAAGCUACAGUCGUCGGUAAAGCUGGAGUACUCGGUGUGGAAAGCUUUAAUGGUAUCCCCUUUGCAAAGCCACCCACGGGUCAGCUUCGUCUGAAACCUCCGCAACCCAUACAGACCCCACUCGGUAUUGUCCAAGCCACAAGCCCAGCCAAGGCUUGUCCUCAGUUCUUCUUCUCUACCGAUAACUCUGACUUCCCUCUUUCUGUCAUUGGAGAAUUAGCCAACAUUCCACUUUUCCAAACAAUCAGCAAUGCGGGCGAAGACUGCUUGACGGUCAGUAUCCAGCGUCCUGCUGGGACGGAAGCGAGCACAAAACUGCCGGUCUUGGUGUGGAUAUAUGGCGGUGGGUUUGAGCUCGGAUCUAGCGCGAUGUAUGAUGGGUCGAGUCUCAUAUCUGCCUCAAUGCAAUUGGGAAUGCCCAUUGUGUUUGUUGCAAUCAACUACCGCGUGGGUGGGUUUGGCUUCAUGCCUGGCUCAGAAAUCCUGAAAGACAACUCUGCCAAUCUGGGUCUUCUCGACCAACGGCUUGCUUUACAGUGGGUUGCCGACAAUAUCGAGUCGUUUGGUGGAGAUUCAAGUAAGGUGACGAUCUGGGGCGAGUCUGCAGGGUCAAUCUCUGUGCUAGAUCAGAUGGCACUCUAUGACGGGGAUCACACCUACAACGGGAAGCCCCUUUUCCGAGGUGCAAUCAUGAACUCGGGCAGUAUCGUCCCUGCCGAUCGAGUGGACGGUGUCAAGGGCCAGGCUGUCUAUGAUACGGUUGUCCGGUCUGCCGGUUGUUCAAGCGCCUCGGACACUCUAGCCUGCUUGCGCAAACUGGACUACACCACGUUCCUGAAUGCAGCGAAUUCUGUUCCUGGUAUUCUCUCAUAUAACUCUGUUGCUCUUUCAUACCUCCCUCGGCCGGAUGGCAGUGCCCUCACAGACUCUCCCGAUGUCUUGAUAGCGAACGGAAAGUAUGCCUCUGUCCCGUUCAUUAUCGGCGACCAAGAAGAUGAGGGGACUAUCUUUGCACUCUUCCAAGCAAAUAUCACUACAACUGAGCAGAUAGUAGACUAUCUGAAAGAGCUCUUCUUCAAAGACGCGUCACGAGCACAGCUUCAGGCUCUAGUGGCCACUUACCCCGACGUCACAACCGAUGGAUCCCCAUUCCGCACCGGUAUAUUCAACAACUGGUACCCCCAAUACAAGCGCAUCGCGGCCAUCCUGGGCGAUCUCACCUUCACCAUCACUCGACGAGCCUUCUUGACGUUUGCGCAUGCUGCGAAACCCAAUGUGCCAUUCUGGUCAUAUCUCUCUUCUUAUGAUUAUGGAACGCCUAUUGUGGGCACCUUUCAUGGUUCUGACAUUCUUCAAGUGUUCGAUGGGAUUCUGCCCAAUUACGCGUCUCGGUCAUUUCACUCCUACUAUCUUUCUUUCGUCUAUGAUUUGGAUCCGAAUUCAAGAUCGGCUGGCUUUAUGACAUGGCCGCAGUGGGCGGACAAGCAAAUGCUGAUGCAAUUCUUCCGAGACCGGGGUGCUCUUUUGCCGGAUAACUUUCGACAAGACACUUUUGAGUUCAUUUGGAACAAUGUGGCAUCUUUCCAUAUUUGA